CUCGCCCGCCCCGGGGGAGGUGCGGCUGCAGCCGGGUCGCGCUGGGGGGCGGGAGCGGGGCGGGACGGGACGGCGAUGGCGCGGACGCUCGUGGAGCUCUUUUACGAUGUGGUGUCCCCUUACUCCUGGCUGGGGUUUGAGGUGCUCUGCCGGUACCGGCACAUCUGGAACAUUGAUCUGCGCUUUCGUCCAGCUUUCCUUGGGGGCAUAAUGCAAGCAACUGGUAACAAGCCCCCAGCAAUGUUGCCAAAGCGUGCAGAAUACAUGCUGAAGGAUGUAAAACGGAUGGCAAAAUACUACCAAGUGCCUGUACAAAUUUCAAAAGAUGACUUCCAGCGUAUUACUGGUACAAGCAGUCUUGGGGCCAUGCGCUUUAUCACAGCCAUUGAUAUGACACAACCACAAUACUUGGAACCCUUAUCUAGGGAGUUCUGGAUACGUUUUUGGUCAAAGCAUGAAGAUAUCGGUCAGCCGGAGAAUAUGUUGGCUGUUGCUGGACAGGCUGGGCUAUCAUCAGAGCUCUCCCAGAAGCUACUUGAAAUGAUUUCAUCCCCUGCAGUGAAGAACCGACUGAAAGAGACAACAGAGGAAGCAAUAAAAUAUGGGGCAUUUGGGAUGCCUGCUGUUGUGGCACAUUUUAAUGGAGAACACCAUCUCUUUUUUGGCUCUGAUCGUUUAGAGCUCCUAGGAAGUGUUAUAGGUGAAAAAUGGCUGGGACCAGUUCCAUCAGUUCCAAACCCCAAGAUGUGAAAAGUCCUGGGGAAAUGUAUGGGAAUGAAAAUAUAUAUGUGCAUGGUUAAUCUUCACUGAUCAUCUGAAUGUACCCAAUUUUAUGGAGAGAUAGCUUUCUUAUCCUUAACAGGUAGCUUUACAGCUCAGUCUCAUCUCUAAUUACAAAGAAGUUCAAGGUUUGCCAGUAUUACCAGCCUGGUGAGGUCUUUACUAACACAAAUGCACUUUUUUUCUUUCAACAGAUUAAUGAGUAACAUGAAAGAUUAAACAUAAAAUACUUAACUUCUUGCAGAUUAAA